GAUGAGGAGGUGUGCGGGACCUUACUCGUAAAAAAGUGGAAUCGAGUUGUGUGUGAGAGUUGCCGUCGUCGCCGAGAAACGCAGGGCUGGUUCCCGUCCCUUCAAGAGUGCUGGAGACCAAACCUGAAAUGCAAGUUUUAACGUUACCUAGGGGGCGAAGGAUAAGGAGCUGAGCCCACCCCCUGCCCUGCCCAGUCAGCUGCAGAAGUGGCCGCCCCUGACCCGGCCACCUCAGCUUCUUGCCCCACCCCACCCGGGGUCUCCCUCAGCACUGGGAGUCUCAGCAGUCCCAGCAAGUGGAUGGGAGCGUCAGCCGGAGCCCUUGAACUUGGGGGCGCCCUCUGAGCCCCGGCGCCGGCUGCGGGCUCGCGUGCGCCUCCUGUAGCCUGCGGACGGCAGUCGUGGGGCCAGCACCAUGAUCUCCAGCGUCUUCCGCGUGCGCGCGUGGGCCCCCGUGGGCGUCCUGACCUCGCUAGCAUACUGCUUCCACCGGCGGCGGGUGGCCCUGGCCGAGCAGCGGGCCACCGACGGCCAGCAUCCGGUCGACCGCGGCCAGCUGGAGCUGAAAAUGGUACAAGUCGUGUUUCGGCACGGGGCGCGGAGCCCUCUCAAGCCGCUCCCGCAGGAGGAGGAGGAGCAGGUAGAGUGGAACACCCAACUCUUAGAGGUCCCACCCCAGACUCGGCUUGAUUACAUAGUCACUAACCUAGCUGGAGGCCCGAAACCACAUUCUCCUUAUGACUCUCAAUACCGUGAGACCACCCUGAAGGGGGGCAUGUUUGCUGGACAGCUGACCGGUGUAGGCAUGCAGCAGAUGUUUGCCCUGGGAGAGAGACUGAGGAAGAACUAUGUGGAAGACAUCCCUUUUCUUUCACCAAUCUUCAACCCGCAGGAGGUCUUCGUUCGUUCCACCAACAUGGAUCGGAAUCUGGAGUCCACCCGUUGUUUGCUGGCUGGGCUGUUCCAACGUCAGAAAGAAGGACCCAUCAUCAUCCACACUGAUGAGGCGAGCUCUGAAGUCUUGUACCCCAACUACCAGAACUGCCAGAAUCUAAGGCGGAGAACCAGAGGCCGGAGGAAGGCUGCCUCUUUGCAGCCAGGAAUCUCAGAGGAUUUGCAAAAGGUGAAGGAAGGGCUGGGCUUUGACAGUGGUGAGGAAGUAGACUUCCUCAUCCUCCUGGACAACAUGGCAGCUGAACAGGUGCACAGCCUCCCAAGCUGCCCCGCGCUGCAGAGAUUUGCACGGAUGAUUGAACAGAGAGCGGUGGACACAGCCUUGUACGUCCUGCAAAGGGAAGACAGAGAAAGCCUUCAGAUGGCAGUCGGCCCGUUCCUCCACCUUCUGGAAAGUAACCUGCUGAAAGCUGUGGACCCUGCCACUCCACCUGGAAAGAUCAGAAAACUGUACCUUUAUGCAGCUCAUGAUGUGACCCUCAUGCCUCUCUUAUUGACCCUGGGGAUUUUUGACCACAAGUGGCCCCCAUUUGCUGUUGACCUGACCAUGGAACUCUACCAGCACCAGGAAUCUAAGGAGUGGUUUGUGCAGCUCUACUACCAUGGGGAGGAGCAGGUGCCAAGAGGUUGCCCUGACAGGUUCUGUCCACUGGACCAGUUCUUGAACGCCAUGUCAGUUUACACCCUAAGCCCGGAAAAAUACCACACGCUCUGCUCCCAAGCACACACGAUGGAACUUGGAAAUGGAGAGUGACUGGUUUCUACAAGGAGGAUUUGCUGAUUUUCAAAUAAAACGUCUUUAUGC